AUGAGUUCGCCGAGAAGUAAGCCAAUCGCGUACCGUUCAUACUCGACCAAAACACAGUCAACAAAAGUGUUGAGUGGUGAAUAUAGUGGUAGUGAGAGUGAAUCAUUUGAUGACACUAAUGAUGGACGCAGAACAGCAAUUAGACAAGAACCACAGGGACAAGAAACACAUAAAGACUUCAGCAUAUCAUCACCAUCAGCUUAUGAUACACUAAUUAUUCACAAUGACGAUGGUACACGGUUCAGUUCUGGCAUACCUAAAUAUCGUUAUGGAAAUAGAGAAGAAAUAAAAAAUCAAGGACAUAAAAAUGGUGGACGACAUAAUGUUGACAUGGGUGUUAGGGAAAUAACCAAUAUACCGGAUGAUUACCUCAGUCAAUCUCAUGUCUUAAAACACCUUGCUAAAGAAGUUAAAGUGGAUCCAUCAAAACGCGACACUAACUUGUCUCGGUGGCAUGAUAAUGAUAAAAAUAUGAGGUUACCAGAGUAUCGACCAAUUCCUAUAAGAAAUUUGGUUAAAUCAAAGUCUCAACCAAAUUUGGGUACCGGUUUGUUAAAAAUUGAACGYUCUGAUACAGAUCCCAUGAGACACACACUAGGAAAUACUAGAAAAGAUCAAAAAAUGUUGUCCAUAGUGGACUGUUUGAUGAUGGAAAACAAAAGUCUGAAAAUAGAACUGGAAUCGUGCCAUCAAAAAGUUGCCAAAUCGUACAGGCUUGAACAAGAAGUUUCUAAGGUGUAUCGUUCUCAUCAAGAACUUGUAGAAUCAAGUGAACGACGGGAAAGACUUGAACGAACAGCUCGAUUGAAACUUCAAGCAGAAGUUAGGCGUUUACAAGAAGCAAACCGCUCUUUACAUCAACAAUCAUUGUCUUCCUCUAACAUUGUAGAUUCUAAUCAAAUGGUAAAACGUGAAAACAUGAUAGCUCAAUUGAUAACCCAGAAUAAAGACUUGUUAGCAGCUAAAGACCGUCAAGAAAUUGAAUUAGCUGCACAACGUGCUACACUUGAAGAGCAACGCACUCAUAUUGAUAUUUUAGAUACUGCCUUAACUAAUGCUCAGUCAAAUGUUGUUCGCCUAGAAGAAGAAUGUCGUAAAAAACAAGUUCAUGUGGAAAGAGUUGCCCAGCUUCAAAGAGCAUUAUCUUCUCUUCAACUGGCAAGCGACCGUCGUGAGCAGACUGAGCGYAAACUUCGACUUCAGCUGGAGCGAGAACUGCGGAAUGAACGUGCACGCAAUAAUAACGCUUCUCAAGAUGGUUCAGCUGAAAAUGAACCAGGUGAAAGUUUACCGGAAUUAAAACGUAUGCUACGUGAAAAAGAUGAAAAAAUAAUGCGACUAGAAGGUGAAGUUGCGAAAUGGGAACAACGAUAUCUAGAAGAAAGUGAAUUAAGGCAAGCUGCAAUAGAUGCUGCAAGUGUACCAAAGGAUGCAAAAAUAGCAGCAUUAGAAAAGACAGGUCAAGAAAGUGAAAAACUGAUUGCAGAAGCACGGUCAGAUAAGUUAAAACAAAUGGAAGAAGUUCAUGCAGCACAAAAAAAAGUCAGCGAAUUAGAAUCGCGAAUGAAAGAUUUGGAAUCUAGAUURGCAGAACGGGAUGCAAUGAUAAGGGUGUUGCAAAAAAAACAUAGUUUUGAAAAAGAUGUGUCCGGGUCCUAUCCAAGUAUAUGUCUUAGUCAUCAUACUCCACAUUCAAGUCUUAAUACUACAGACCUAACAUCUGAUGACCUCGGUUUUGGCUCAAACAAUUCAUAUACAAGUAGUGUUGACAGUACUUAUCACCACCACCAUGGUAAUAAGUAUUCAUCUACAAACCAGAGUUUUGACCAUAAAUCAUUAGAUGACCAACUAAAAGAAUUGGACUCGCAGCUAUUGAACAAGAGAGGUCUUUGCUGUUUUCCAGGCUUCUCUCAUACGGGCUCUUUGUCGCGAAAAGCGAAAACACCCCAACCACUACUGGAGGGUGUAACUGGAAAUUUCCUUGGCCACCGGGCUGAUGACAUCAUGCUUUUGGAGAAACAAGGUUUAUGUUCCCAAGCACAACGCCAAACACAAGAAAGCCGUUGUGGAAGUUUACCUCCUAGUUCACUUCCUCGGCCAAAACGACACAGAAAAUCUAGCAGCAAAGUCGGAGAGUAUGGUCGUCUCAGUGAUUCGGAUGUCAAGUCUAAAGAUGUGAAAAAGUUAGGUGAAUACAGUCAUUUCAACGACAGCCGUAAAAAUUCCUUGAAUUCCCUGGAUACAUCUAGUGAUGCUAGCACAGCCCCAAAUACACCUACUGAAUGUCCCUCUUCUGUUAAGUUUGAACCAUUAGAACGAUCACUCAGGCAAUCACCUUUACCACCAGAUGGACGUUAUCGUAGAUCUAGCCGUGAAUCAGAUGUAAUUACUUCUAGAGAAUCAUCUUGGACUGGGCCUAGAGAGUCUUCAUCUAGAAAUAGUGUCAACCGAGAAUCAAGAUCUAGUAUUAACAGAGAAUCUCCAACCAGGGCAAUAAUGGUUGGUCCUAGAGACUCACCAGGAAAGAGUAUACUUGAUCCACCCAGAGUAAUGGCUAGAGAAUCUCCAGGUCGUUCAUUUUACAAAGAUACACAAAGAAGCUUUAUCCCACCUCCUAGAAAAAUUGAUUUUGGAAGUUUGGGUACACCGGAUUCAAGUAAGAUAUCAAACAUUGAAUCCAAAUUAAGGAUAUUCUCUCCAGGGGGGAUUCAAGGAAGAAGAGGAUCAUUGCAAAGAGAUGGGAUUUACAAGGAAGAUUCAAAUAAUAAGAAUGGUGUUCGGUCACUUCCUACUCCAAAUAAAUAUAGAAUUCAAUUUUAAUUUAAUGUGCUAUUAAAAUUAAACAAUAGAUCAUUAAAUUAUAUUUAAUACAUUCUUAGAGAAUUCAGAUCUAAUACUACUUAUAUUAUAUAAAACCUAGUCAUGUGCUUGUCAGCAAAAUAGCUGCAGUCUUUUGGCGUUACAAGUUUAACGUACAUUGAAAACGAUCUGCUAUAUUUUGCUCUAUUUACAGAAUAUUUAUUAUGUAUACGCACAUUAAACAAAGAAAAAUAAAUUGUAUUUUUUUUUAGUUUAAUCUGAUAACAAUUAUAUAAAUUAUUAAACCACCAAAACGUGUAACCAAAAUCUUUAAUCUAGU